UCCCCCCAGUUUCCAGCAGCCUAGCUGGAAGCCACACACCAUUCUAAACCCUUACACAACUUGACCAUCAUCCCCCUUACUUAGAUAUACCUCUUAGACACCUAGCUUACAUCAAUACAUACAUACACCCCUCAUUAUACUCAUACCCCUCCCAUCCAUUCCUCUUUCCUUUGUUUACCUUCCAUCCUUGGUUGAGCAGUCUGCUGUUGUAUGCACUAGUGAGAGCUUCAUGUGCUGCUGAGUUGUACAGUACAUACUACAGCUGAGCAGAGUCCAUACAGGGGAGAGCAGAGUGGAGGGAAAGCAUGGAGAUCUCAAUCUUCAACCAUCCCACCCAGCUCACUCAGGCCGAAUACCGCCACCUCCGCAAGCUGAUCUCAGACAUCGUCCAUCAACCACCACUGCGCCCAUCAGCAGACAGCCCAGCAGCCAACUUCCAGCUCAAGGCCAUCGACAACAACAAGCCAGCCAGACUACUGACCAAGAGGAAGAGGGAACUCAGCCAGGCCGUCCAGCCCCACUGGGCCCUCACCCUGCCCACCAUCGAACUCGGCAAUGCACUCCUCGAGCUCCUCAACCAGCACUCAGCACCCAACCAGCAUGGCUUCUCUCCCCAGGUCAGCUUCCGCCAAUCCACCCUCAACACCAGGCCAUUCCACAAGACCAGGAGGCCGACCAUCAAGCGACCAGACCGGGGACUCAUCGCCAGUCUACGCAACACUCCCUAUAUCUCCCACCCUCCAGAGGUGGUUGAGGCAGAGGAGGAGGAGGAGGAGGAUGAGAAUCAGUUGAUCGAUCAACUCACCCUCUCCAACACUCCUGCCCAUCUGGCCUCCAUCGACUACGGCAGACUCACCGAUCACUCUCAGCGGGCUCUCUUCAGAUCAGAGUAUCAGAUCUGCUUCAAGGGCUUCAAAGACAGAGCCUCAGUCCUCAUCGACUCAUCCACUCCCCAGAUCAUCAUCCGGAGGGUCUACCAGGAUAGGGAGGACCAGCUCACACUGAUCGACUCGAAAACCGUCAACCGGAUCGAAGCCGAUCAUCUCGUCGUCCUGCUCUUCUUAGACUACCCACCCACCCUCCAGUCUACCCCUCAUGUGGAGGCUGCCGAAUCAAUCCGUUCCACCGUUUCGGGGAUGUCCUAUCUUAAGGCGCGCCAGGUCUUGUCCGACAACUCAGGCGAACCGUUCAUCAAAACACGACGAUCGGCUUUCGAUGAUGACCAGAUGAGGAUUGCCAGCUUUGCCUCCCAGCUCAUCAGGCUCACCUUUCUCGACGAAAGCCAGGCCAGCAAGUUCUUGGGCCAAUGUGCCAAACUUGUCGUACCCAACAGCAUCCCGAUCAGACGCGACUUAGCAUCUACCCCGGCAUACACUAGUGCUAACUUGGCCCGACUCAACAGCAUCAUGCCCGAUCUCGACUUGAUCGUCAGCUUCCAACUCGAGUAUUUGCUCUACAGCUGCCUCCUCAACCCCAUAGAAAUCGUCCAACUACGCCAAUGGGUUGUCGACUUGGACCCAGUACUUGCCGAACGGAUCCUCAUCCGUCUAGGAUCGGACUUGACUCAACAACAGCGACCUCAACCUGCCUCCGAUGAUCGCCAGGGCCAGGUGGCAUCUGGCCAUCGAAACCAGAACCUCCUGCUCUUUCCAGCUGCAUUGGCGCAUAAAUUCCAGCAUGCAAAAGCCAUGGUGGAUGUCAAGACUGUGCAGAGGUCCGAGGAACGAGUGCAAAGAGAAGGUAUCUUCAAGUGUCGGACGGUGACCAUCACACCGACGAGCUUGGUGCUCGACGGUCCGUGUGCCGAACAAGGGAACAGCAUCCUCCGGUUCUAUGACUUCAACAGCGCCUUCAUCCGGGUCGCCCUACGUGAGGAAGACGGUGCGCCACACCGCUGGGACCGCAACGUCGACCUCCCUGAAUUCUUUUCUCAUCGAUAUCGUCCCCUGGCUAACUGCCUCCUCCUUGCUGGCCGGCAAUUCGAGUUCUUGUGCUACUCCGCCUCCGCCCUCAGGUCCCACCAGGCCUGGUUUGUCUGUCCAUUCAUCCACCGUGGCGAGCUGAUCACCGCUACCAAGAUCCGCAAUCGGAUCGGAAGCUUCCCUAAAGUGAUCAACAUACCCGCCCGGUACAUGGCCAGAGUCGGACAGGCUUUCACAACAACUAGGAAGGCGGUCACUCUCCAACCUUCCCAGAUCAAAUUGAUAGAGGAUGUCGAGCGCAACGGGUCAGUCUUUACCGACGGGGUCGGCACUAUCUCUCUCUCCUUGGCGAAGAAAGUUGAACACGCACUCGCGGGCCCCACUGGAUCCAAACCACCAACCGAGCUCCAAGCCUCUUGUUAUCAGAUUCGACUUGGCGGAUAUAAAGGAAUGCUUUCGUUGGACACUACGUUGGAAGGCGAUAUUGUCAGACUUCGGCCGUCGAUGAAGAAGUUCGAGGGGGAGUCCUACACGCUAGAUAUAGCGGAGAAGUUUGACCGACCGUUUCCGGCGUUCUUGAACCGGCAAUUGAUCAAGAUACUGGAAGACUUGGGUAUCUCAGGGCAGGUGUUUUUGGAUGCGCAGGCGGAGACGGUGGCGAUGGUAGAAAACUCGCAAGGGUCGAUGAAUCAGUCGAGUUUGGUGAUGGAACGAGCGGGCUUGGGUAGUGCGGUAGAGCUACCACAGAUCCUAAAGCAACUGGGACGACUGAUGGACUCGGAUCGACCCGAGGAGAUCCGGUGCUCAUUUGUCCAGGACUCGCUCGACCUCCUGGCUGUUCACUGUCUACGUGAGCUCAAAUAUAACACAAGGAUCCCUCUCCCUGGGUCCUUCAAUCUCGUCGGCGUCGCAGACGAGGAUGGCUGUCUGCUCGAAAACCAGAUCUUCGUCCCCAUCCAACUUCCAGGACAACGCAAGUACUGCUUGAAAGGCCGUUUUGCUAUCGCUAGGUCGCCUUGUCUCCAUCCCGGUGACAUCCAGGUUGUCUAUGCUAUCGGCGACCCUCCGGUUGGAUCCCGCCGACUCGCAAGCCUUGUGAACUGUGUCGUGUUCCCAGUAAUUGGUAAACGAUCGUUACCCUCUUGUUUGGCCGGAGGAGACCUGGAUGGUGAUCUGUAUACGAUCAUCACCGAUCCGCAAAUGGUUCCUGAUUCUAGACGGAUUUAUCAACCUGGAAGUUACGAAUCUGGACAAAUGAAGACGACCGAAUCACCAUGCACGAUCCACGAUGGAAUCGACUUCUUUUUCCAUUACAUCUUGGACAAUAUCGUCGGUAUGAUCGCGAACAAACACACCAUAAUCGCUGAUCAAGCUGAUGAGGGGGUGUUGGAUCGCAAAUGUCUCGAUUUGGCCGAGCUCCAUUCACAGGCUGUUGAUUAUCCAAAGACAGGGAUGGCGGUUCCGGUGACCAAGAUACCCCGAUGCAGCCCGAAGAGGCCGGACUUCAUGUGUCCGGAAUACAUGUUUAAUGAUCAUUUGUCUGACAAGGAGAAGGCUCAGCAAGCAGAAAGGACGUACCCGUCGCCGAAGAUUUUAGGCCAACUUUUCCGGGCGAUCCCACCGGAGCAGAUCCACGCUUACCAGAAACGGGUGAUCGAUCGCGGCGGAAUGAAUCUCAUCAAGAAGAGCCGACACAUAAGCUUGGAUCCGGAUGGUUCGAUCACCUGGCGACUCAGAAACCGUCUGAUCCAGGAGAAGAUCUUACGCACUUGCGGCGAUAAGUGGAAGGAUGAGAUGGGCAGAUUGAUGGACGAGUUUCUGCUGGACAUUGACAAGAUCAGUCGGAUCGAUCGGCUCCACAAGCCGUCCUGCCCAGAACCAUCGACGGAAGGCAAUCGAAGCGAAGCGUUGACUGAGAUCGAGAUCUUGUUGGGCUUGAUUCUCAUGGACAAUGGGAAGAUGGGCAAAACGGUCAAGAAAGACUCGGUUCGGAGACUCCAAGCACAUACCGAACAGCUCUUUGGCGCCCUCAAAUCCAACAUCUCUCGCCAUCAUCUUUCGCCCUCCCCCUCUUCUCCCUUCACUCUCCAAGCUCUUCAUCCUGGCUUUCAGGCGUAUCGGUUGGACGUCAUUGGUCGCGCUUGGGCCGGCUGGAACCUCGUCGCUUCUCCGUCUUCUUCUUCCGAUCACUCUGAUCUCCAGCGUCCCUUCGGCGCUCUUAGCUUCGGAUUGGUCUGUUUUAACCUCCUGGCUUCUUGCAUCAACUUCGAAAAAUAA